AUGUGUAUUAUUACACUACAGGGUGAUAAAAGAGGAAUCUGUGUUGUUGUCUUUUACUACGUGGUGACGGUGCUUCUGUUGCUGCUGGAGGUGCUGCUGUUUGUUUUGACUUUCACUUACGUUAACAACCUUGAUCUAAAGCAAACGGAUGAAAUAUGUCUUGGUGUCCUCUGCCUUCUGCUGCCUGUGCUUGUUGUGAUCUACACGGUCGGGUUCGUUGAUCUAAAGCAUAUGGAAGGUCAUAUGGCAAAAUUAUACGUCGUCCUGUUGGUGCUGAUGGUUCUUGGUGUGAUGUACCAUUUCAGCAAGAACAUUUAUCUAAUGCUUAUGAAGGUUAAACAAAUGCCAGUGUUUGAAGGAGAAUCUGUCUUUCUUCCCAUUGGUGUUACUGAACUCCAGUCAGAUGAUGUGAUCCAGUUGAGCUUUAAAAAUGAUGUGAUCGCCACAUUCAAUAAGUUCUCUAGUGAUGAAGAGAGAUGCAUAAACAGACUGCAGGUGGAUGUUCAGACUGGAUCUCUCAUCAUCACAAACAUCAGAACAGAAGACGCUGGACUGUAUAAAGUAAAGAUCAGCAGCAGCAGUCGACUGAAAUCAUUCCUUCAGUUCAUCAUCAGUGGGGGGCAGUUAUACUUGCAUUUCAGUGUUAUUGUCAAAGAUUCAGCAGUAAUCAGAGAGAAUGGAUCUGCGAUGGUAUAG